AUCAAAAUGGAAAACCAGACCACAACUGUAACUUCUUUUGUUUUCUUGGGAUUUUCAUAUGACCCACUGAUCCAAAAUUUCCUCUUCUUGAUAUUCUUCUUUAUAUAUGUAGUAACACUAAUAGGAAAUAUUACAAUUAUGAUGGUAAUAAGGAGCAACAGUAACCUCAACAGCCCAAUGUACUUCUUCCUGAGUCAUCUGUCUUUUAUAGAUAUCUGCUUUUCUUCUGUCACAGUGCCUAAACUACUUUUCAAUAUUUAUGCAACCCAGGCAAUUUCAUAUAAUAGCUGCAUCAUCCAGAUGUUUUUUAUCUUUCUGACAGCAACUACAGAGAUUUUUAUUCUUGCAGCAAUGGCUUAUGACCGAUAUGCUGCCAUCUGCAAGCCCCUGCAUUAUGUACAAGUUAUGAACAGAGUGUUUUGUAGAUGGCUGGUUAGUGGUGCCUGGGCAGUAAGCUUUUUUCAGGCUAUGGCGAAUACAUUACCUGUAUUGAAGCUUGUGUUCUGUGGUCCAAAUAUUAUCAACCAUUUCAGCUGUGAACUUCCAUCUUUACUUGCAUUGUCCUGCACAGAAACGUCCUUGAAUACUAUUAUGUUCUUAAUUACUGCUGGCAUACUCAUGAUUUUUUCCUUCUUUGUUAUUCUAUUGUCUUAUAUAAAUAUUGUCUCUUUGAUCCUUAAGAUACAUUCAGCAGAAGCUAGAAGAAAAACCUUCUCCACUUGCAGUUCCCACCUCAUUGUUGUGGUUCUGCUCUAUGGCACUGGCUGUCUUAGGUAUAUGAGGCCCAGGUCUGCCUCCUCAAUAAUUAUGGAUGAAUACUUUUCCAUUCAAUACAGUAUUUCAACACCAUUGUUGAACCCUAUUAUCUACAGCCUAAAAAACAGGGAAGUGAAAGAAGCCAUUAAGAAACUAAUCAAGAAACUAAUUAAGAAAGCCAAUGAUUGCAUGUGUUAG